AUGUCAUUCAUUUGUGAUUUUUGUGGCACUGCCGGAGAAAAAUUCCCCUAUUUCUGUGCUGCAUGUCACGUCUUUGUCCACAAGAAUUGCAUUUCAUUGCCACGCCAAAUCAAGAUAACACGAUAUUGUCACACGAUUUCUCUUUCCUAUUCUCUUAAACAAAAUCAAGUUGAGGAUUGGAUGUGCAAAAUUUGUUACAAGGAAGUUGAUAUAAGCUAUGGUCAUCACCGUUGUCCUGCUUCUCGUUGCCUUUAUGUUGCUCAUGUACGUUGUGCAACUGAUGAAGCAAUUUGGGAUGGAACAAUUAUGCUGGAAGGCUAUGAUGAGAGGUCCGAGGAAGUGGUGCAUGAACCUUGGAAUUUGAUUACUGAUGUUGUUGAACAAAUUAUUAUUCGAGAGCUAAUGGUAGCAAGUGAGAUCAAGCAUUCCUAUCAUGAUCAUAAUUUAAGACUCACUUUUAGUGGGAAGACCAAAGAUGAUGAUAGUCAGUGUGAUGGAUGCACGAGACCUUUAUCAACUCCUUUUUCUAGUUGUGAGCAAUGCAAGUUCUUUCUCCACAAAGUUUGCGCUGAAUUGCCUAAACAACCGCCACACCCAUUUCACAAGCAUUUGCUUACUCUCUCAAACUCACACGAUGAGGAUAAUUAUUCAUCGUGCAGUGCUUGCUUUCGUUCGUAUCAAGGAUUUGGUUACGGAUGCUACAAAGGAGGUUGCAGGUUCAGAAUUGACAUUCAAUGUAUGUUAUUGUCGGACAUCUUGAAGCACCCAAGUCAUGAGCAUUCACUCUUUCUUGUCCACAACAACAAGGGAACGAGUUGCAGUGCUUGUUUUAGAAAACUACGCUCAAGGGAUGUUGCAUAUAGAUGCAUGAAGCGCUGUGAUUUCAGUUUAGAUGUAGGUUGUGCAACACUAUCACUCACUGCUUGGUACAAGUAUGAUAGGCAUCCUCUUACUUUGACUUAUUUAGAUCAUUAUGAGCUUUCUCAACUUUAUUGCGAUCUAUGUGAGAAAAAAAGAGAGCCAAAUCGUUGGUUUUACUAUUGUGUUGAUUGUGAUAACUCUCUUCAUCUCAACUGUGCUCUUGGGGAUCUCCCAUAUAUGAAGCUUGGGAAUAAAAUCGAAGAUAUAGGUCAUCGACAUCGACUCACUGUUGUGAAAAACAUUUGGAAUUGCCCUCCAUGUAAGGUAUGUCGUGAGCUUUGCAAUGGACAGGCCCUAGAAUGUAAAGAAUUUGGAUGCAGCUUUACCAUCCACUGGGCUUGUUGUCGGUCCUCCUACUUCUGGGACUCUAUCUGGUGAACCAUUUCAAUGAUACUCCACUCAAGUUUACCAGACUGAGAAGUCGCAACUUCACAUGUCUGUUCUGUCUAUCUGCAUGCAUGUACCAGAUUUGCCAAUAAGGGCCCAUGUCCGUUUGUUUUUCUUAUAUGCUUUUUCUUAUGUUAUUGUUGUCUAAGAACUUCAACCUUGUUUAAAUCAAACAUGAUUUGAGGCUAGUCAUGAGAAAUUUUU